AUGCUUCGGCCUUGACCUGCCGCCCUCAGGCCUUCAGCUUCCUCCCCUCGGCUUCCUUCUCCGAGCUCUCGGUCGACCCCGACGACUCCGUCCUACCCUGAGAACCCCGGGCGCCAUGGCCCAGCCCGGGAUCCCGGCCGCCCGCGGCGCCACAGCCAGCCUCCAGGCCCAGAACGGGGCUGCCUCGGCCUCGGGAUCUCCCUACACCAACGGUCCUGUUCAAAAUACACUGAUGUCAUCACAAGUGUCAUCGAGCCAAGGAUAUGAUUCCCAGCUUCCAGGAUCCUACCCUCGUCCAAUGCCAGCAAAGACUUUGGAUCCAGUCUCUGCACAGUUGAACUAUGGUGGUUCUCAGGGAUCUGGGCAGACUCUUAAUAGACCACUUGUGGCUUCCAAUCCAGUACCACCUCCACUUCACAGUGGUCCUGUUACCCGAAUGCCACCACCUACUUCUCAGAACCUAGCUGCUACACCAAUGCCUUCUGCUAGCUUUCUUCCUGGAGCCAACCCACCACCACCUUUGAAUUGGCAAUAUAACUAUCAAUCUACAGGACCACAGACUAACCAUUUUCCUCAUGUAGCUCAACCUACUAUGUCUGGGAAUACAAACUUAACAGCACAGCAUCAGUAUGUUUCUUCUGGAGACCCUGCCAGCUUCAUAAAGCCAGGUUCUGCACUUCCCUUACAGAAUCCACCUCUGCCUACCACUUUUCAGCCAGGAGCUCCUCCAGCUGGAGGCCCACCUCCCCAGAAAGCACCUCCUAGGGCUGCUGUAUUCCCACCUUCAUUGAAUUCAACUGUCAACCACGAAGGUGUUACAUCAAAUCCCAAUAAUGGAUCUAUGGUGGCUCAUAGUACUUACGAUCAAAUUGAAGGAGGAGGCUUCUUAGCAACACCACAGCUUAUUAAUCAGAACCCCAAAAUGAGCCGAAGUGUGGGAUAUGCAUACCCCUCCCUACCACCUGGCUACCAGAACACAGCGCCAUCUAGUUCAGCUGGAAUGCCACCCUCGUCCCUGAAUUACCCAAGUGGCCCACAGGCCUUUACUCAGACUUCUUUAGGUGCUAAUCAUUUAACUGCAAGCAUGAGUGGAUUAAGUCUACAUCCAGAAGGUCUAAGAAUUGUCAAUCUUCUUCAAGAAAGGAACAUGCUUCCCUCGACACCUUUGAGGCCUCCAGUUCCAAAUUUGCAUGAAGACAUUCAGAAACUCAACUGUAAUCCAGAGUUAUUUCGAUGCACUUUGACUAACAUCCCUCAGACUCAGGCCUUACUGAAUAAAGCCAAGCUUCCUUUGGGGCUGCUUCUCCACCCUUUCAAAGACCUAGAGCAAUUGCCUGUGGUCACCUCCAGUACAAUUGUGAGAUGCCGUUCAUGUAGGACUUACAUUAACCCUUUUGUCAACUUUCUUGAUCAAAGAAGGUGGAAAUGUAACUUAUGUUAUCGAGUCAAUGAUGUUCCUGAAGAAUUCAUGUACAACCCUUUAACCAGAGUUUAUGGAGAACCUCACAGAAGGCCUGAAGUUCAGAACGCUACUAUUGAGUUUAUGGCUCCUUCAGAAUACAUGUUACGACCACCACAACCUCCAGUGUACCUCUUUGUGUUUGAUGUAUCUCACAACGCAAUAGAAACUGGAUACUUGAAUUCGGUUUGUCAGAGUUUGUUAGACAAUCUGGAUCUGCUUCCUGGCAACACUAGGACAAAAAUUGGCUUCAUAACAUUUGAUAGCACUAUCCAUUUCUACAGUCUUCAAGAAGGUCUCUCCCAACCUCAGAUGCUAAUUGUUUCAGAUAUUGAUGAUGUUUUUAUACCUAUGCCAGAGAACUUACUAGUAAACUUAAAUGAAAGUAAAGAGCUUGUCCAAGAUUUACUGAAAAGUUUGCCACAGAUGUUUACUAAGACACUGGAGACCCAGAGUGCCUUGGGUCCUGCACUUCAGGCUGCAUUCAAACUAAUGUCACCAACUGGGGGUCGAAUGUCGGUCUUCCAAACACAACUCCCAACUCUUGGUGUGGGAGCCCUGAAACCACGAGAGGAACCCAACCAAAGGUCAUCCGCUAAGGAAAUACACCUGACACCAUCUACUGACUUCUAUAAGAAAUUAGCGUUGGACUGUUCUGGCCAGCAGGCAGCUGUUGACUUAUUCCUUCUCAGUGGACAGUAUUCUGACUUGGCUUCUUUAGGCUGUAUUUCUCGGUACUCAGCAGGCAGUGUUUAUUACUAUCCCUCUUACCAUCAUCAGCACAAUCCUGUCCAAGUGCAGAAAUUCCAGAAGGAACUACAGAGAUACCUCACUCGGAAGAUUGGAUUUGAGGCAGUCAUGAGGAUCCGGUGCACCAAAGGUCUUUCCAUUCAUACUUUCCAUGGGAACUUCUUCGUCCGUUCUACAGACUUACUGUCUCUUCCUAAUGUCAACCCAGAUGCUGGGUAUGCAGUGCAGAUGUCAGUAGAAGAAAGCCUUACUGACACUCAGCUGGUUUCUUUUCAGUCAGCACUCUUAUAUACAUCAAGUAAAGGUGAAAGAAGAAUUCGUGUCCAUACUUUGUGUUUGCCAGUAGUUUCCACCUUGAAUGAAGUUUUUCUUGGAGCUGAUGUUCAAGCAAUUUCAGGGUUAUUGGCCAAUAUGGCUGUCGAUAGGUCAGUGACUGCCAGCCUGAGCGAUGCCCGGGAUGCUUUGGUGAAUGCUGUUAUCGACUCUCUCUCAGCAUACCGAUCUUCAGUCCUGAGUAGCCAGCAGCCAGGCCUUAUGGUUCCUUUCUCUUUGAGGCUUUUCCCACUCUUUGUGUUGGCUCUUCUCAAACAGAAGUCUUUCCAGACUGGGACAAAUGCACGUCUAGAUGAACGAAUUUUUGCCAUGUGUCAAGUGAAGAACCAGCCGUUGGUUCACCUUAUGCUCACAACACAUCCCAGUUUGUAUAGAGUUGACAACCUCUCAGAUGAGGGAGCUCUCAACAUCAAUGACAGAACCAUACCUCAGCCCCCCAUUCUUCAGCUCUCAGUGGAGAAGUUGAGCAGGGACGGAGCUUUCCUCAUGGAUGCAGGCUCGGUACUGAUGCUUUGGGUUGGAAAAAAUUGUGCACAGAAUUUUCUCAGCCAAGUUCUGGGAGUUCAAAACUAUGCAUCAAUUCCACAGAUGAUGACAAACCUUCCAGAACUUGACACACCAGAAUCUUCCAGAACAAUAGCUUUCAUCUCGUGGCUUAGAGAACAGAGGCCAUUUUUCCCAAUACUCUAUAUAAUCAGGGAGGAGAGUCCAAUGAAAGCAGCCUUCCUUCAGAACUUAGUAGAAGACAGAACGGAAUCAGCACUAUCAUAUUAUGAAUUCCUCCUGCAUGUACAGCAGCAAGUGAACAAGUGAACAGAGCUGGUACUGCUGAGGAGUCACUCACAGAGUUCCUGAGAAUGCAGUACCUUCCUUUCCUCCUUCAGAUUGUGAACAAAUGUGAUGAUUAAGAUGUUUCACUGUGAUUUCAACAACUAUAGCAAAUAAAGGACCACAUCGUGAGUCAGGUGUGAACUCCAAAAUACUGUAUUUUUCAAAUCAAAAUAGAAGUCUACACAAUUGGAAACCUCCCCUCCCCUUUGCUGCCAACUAUGUUUGAGUUGUUACAGAUUGAGAUGAGACAAUAUCACAGAGGCAAAGUACAUUUUAUAAAAUAAAGACUUCUGUGUUCUGCA